AGAGAUAGAAAACAAGGGAUUAUUUGAAAUCUUAAGCCUCAGGAAGGCAAAGAGAAAUCCUGUUGCCUUGAGCUCCUCUACCAAAUAAUGGUUCAAUUUCGUAAGAACACGCCAAUUUCAUCUUUCCAGAUGCUGUUUUUUGUCUUUCUUUCCCUUCUUUGUGCUGGAGUGUCAACUGCUUCAGAUCCAGAUCAGAGAACGUUCCCUUCUUACUCUGGGGAAUAUGGUGGUAAUGAUGGGGACUAUUUUGAUCAAUCCAGCAACCAGUUUGAAGGCCCUAUAUCAGCGAUGAAAAUAAGGUCAAAUGACAGAAAUAUCCUAAGCAUCCAAGUUCGUUAUGGUGACACAUGGUCCAAUAAUGAAGGCAGCACAACAGGGCGCCCUUCGGACAUGCACUUGUUCUUUGGAGAGGGAUUGGUGCAGGUGAAUGGCCGUUUUGGAAACGCCGUGGAAUACCUGGCCUUCCGCACCAACAUGGGCCAUGUCUUUACCUUUGGGUCGAAUUCUGGUUUGGGAAUGCCUUUCACUGCAGAGCCCUCACACCCCAACACGGUUCUGAGGUUCAUCAGUGGGAAGUCAGGAUCAAUGGUCAACGCCCUCGGUUUCCACUGGGGUGAAGAUCAGUGGAUGAAAGGGUGGAAUGAAUCCGUCCACUCUCCAGAUCCACCACCAGUGACCCAGAUAUAGAUUGCUCUACCUUUAAUCCUCACUCUUAAAAUCAGUACAAAUACUACACAACCUCUUUUGUUGUUUUCCUUUGGAUCUUAGGGGAAAUAUGGGAGAAGAGGGAAGGAUAGGGAGUGAUACACUUUUGCUGUUGAUACCCUAGAUUUGAUUUUGCUUCCUCCAUUUUGAUUUUGCUUCCUCCAUUUUGAUUUUGCUUCCUCCAUUUUGAUUUUGCUUCCUCCAUUUUGAUUUUGCUUCCUUCAUUUUGAUUUUGCUUCCUUCAUUUUGAUUUGACUCAUUAAAGAGAUGUUAAGUUCAAAAUACUAAGAAAGUACAUAUAGUCCUCAACUUACAACCACAAUUGAGCCCAAAAUUUCUGUUCCUAAGUGAGACACUUGUUAAGUG